GCUCAUUCACAGCCCUCUCCCCUGCCUGUUUGCUUCCUUCCAUUCUUCUGUUGAAAGGUCUCUCAGCCCAUAUGGAGUUCUAUUGUUUGAGGUGUGAUUUCUCCAGGAGCCAGAUAUGGUGAAUGCUGGUAGAGUUGCAGACUCGACAAGACUCGAGGGGAAAUCCAAAGCCACAUUGGUCUGCUGGAUUCUGGGGUUCGGGUCUCUUGUCGCUUGGAACAGUAUGCUGGCCAUUGGAGAUUACUAUUAUAACCUGUUCCCGAAAUACCAUCCUUCGAGAGUCCUCACACUUGUCUACCAGCCCUUUGCGAUAGGAACAAUGGCCAUUCUCGCAUACUAUGAGGCAAGGGUGGACACCCGAAAGAGGAACAUAGCCGGUUACAUCCUUUUCUGUCUCAGCACUUUUUUCCUCAUAGUUUUGGACUUAGCAACUUCUGGGAAAGGAGGGAUUGGACCGUACAUUGGAAUAUGCGCACUUGUGGGUUUGUUCGGAGUCGCUGACGCUCAUGUUCAGGGUGGAAUGGUCGGCGAUCUAUCUUUCAUGUGUCCUGAAUUCAUGCAGUCAUUUUUUGCGGGUUUAGCUGCAUCUGGAGCUUUAACAUCUGGUCUGAGGCUUGUUACUAAAGCAGUUUUCGAGAAUACCAGCAGUGGUCUUCGCAAGGGGACGAUGUUGUUCCUUGCAAUCUCCACGUUCUUCGAGUUCCUCUGCAUUCUCCUCUAUGCAAUGGUGUUCCCGAAGAUUCCAAUAGUUAAGUAUUACCGGUCGAAGGCAGCUUCUGAGGGAUCAAAGACUGUCAAUGCUGAUCUUGCCGCUGCUGGAAUUCAAGCAAAUCAAGGGAGCGAUGGCAUGGGGCAAGGACGACUGAGCACCAAGCAACUCUUGCUCGAGAACAUCGAUUAUGCUAUUGACCUGUAUCUGAUAUAUGUUCUGACACUGUCAAUCUUCCCGGGAUUCCUGUACGAGAAUACUGGACAACAUAAAUUGGGCCCAUGGUACCCACUCGUUCUGAUUGCAAUGUACAACGUGUGGGACCUGAUAUCAAGGUACACUCCCCUGAUAAGCUGCCUGAAAAUCGAAUCCCGGAAGGGCCUCAUGAUUGCAAUCCUCGGCAGGUUCCUGCUCAUCCCCGCAUUCUACUUCACAGCUAAAUAUGGUGAUCAGGGGUGGAUGAUCUUCCUGGUCUCGUUCUUGGGACUAACUAACGGUCAUCUCACUGUAUGCAUAAUGACAGUCGCACCGAAGGGUUACAAGGGGCCUGAGCAGAAUGCGCUGGGGAACUUGCUUGUGCUGUUCCUUCUGGGAGGAAUCUUCACAGGAGUUGCUCUCGAUUGGUUGUGGAUCAUUGGCAACGGAAGCUUCUAAAAAAAAAAUCUAAUUGUGUUAAGGGGAUGGAAGUGUUUAUAUUGGGGAAGUGAUAAGGAAUCGAAUUUUUAGUAGUACAUUUGUCAAGCCAGCUUGGGCAGCUGUCCUAUGUUCUUGUAUCCAGAUUCACUUUUCUUCUCGUGCUCUUCGACUGUUGACUCGUGCGCUUCUUGGAUUUCCUUCUUUUUCUUUCCCAACCGAUGUUUCCCAGGAAGGGUGUGCCAGUCCUGCAACCAAUGGAGAAUGCU